GUCGAACCGGAUCUGGCCGUUAUCAGUGAGUUUUCGACCGAGUUUUUCUGAUCGACUUUGGGUAAUCUAAAUGUUAAUCCGUGUAGAGUAAGAAAUUAAUUCCAGAAUGGCGGCUUCCGCUCGUCUACGCGUGCCGAUAAGCGCUGUUUUUCGAGUUGUUGCAGCUGAUGGUAAGGGUCUAUGCGAUCUCACGGCGAAUGAGGUUUUUGCUGCAAAAAAGGUCGUGCUUGUCGGAAUGCCAGGCGCCUUUACCCAAGGCUGAUCCAACACUCAUUUGCCGUCGUUUUUUAAAACCGACAUGAAAAAGCUGAUGCCAGAAAAAAUAGAUUCUGUCGUCUGCGUCACGGUGAAUGACGGAUGGGUCACGCAUUAUUGGCAGCAACACAUAUUGUCAAAAUUGGCUGAAGACGAGCAAACGAAAGCAGCAAUGUUUACGGCAUUUGAAUAACGGUGUAUGCUUUAUUUACAUUUCAAAAUCAAAAUCCCUUUCGACGUUGAUGAAAUUAGCUAACCCCUCCACACACCAGCUUAAGUCGACCCAUAGAAUACCAUCACUACCCUGUCGUCUACAUCAUUCAUCAUCUGCUAUGACUAGAAAAAGAUUGCAGAAAGCACUUAGUUCCGCCCUUUGUCUGCACUCCUUCAUGAAUGCAGAUGCGAUCACUUUUCUACCAUCACUACCCUGUCGUCUACAUCAUUCAUCAUCUGCAUGACUAGAAAAAGAUUGCAGAAAGCCCUUAGUUCCGCCCUUUGUCUGCACUCCUUCAUGAAUGCAGAUGCGGUCACUUUUCUUCCCGACAAAGACUGUCUGGUAACCGCGGCACUUGGUAUGGACAAGGAGAACCCUAACUUGGGAGGUCGGCGCAGCCUGCGGUACGCAGCCUACGUUGUCGAUGGCGAGGUCUUAGAGACAUUCCAGGAUGAAGCAGGACAGUUUACGCGCUCAAGUCCUGAAACCAUGCGCGCCUAUCUCGAAAGUAUCUAGAACAAUCUGUAAUUGUGAUUGUCAUUGGGACUUACAUGAGUUGUAUCCAGGCUCUUCCUUGAAGAAGAUGUAGAUGUUUAUUUUGGAUUUCGUUUUAGAAUUUCCCACCUCAAUUUAAAAAAAAAAAUGAAUCUUGGCAAGAGUCCGGGUCCGGCUUUGAUGUUGAUGGUGUGGUCCUGGAUCUUCAUUCGGUAACGCAGUGUAGCACGUUAAUAUCAUGUUUGUGUGAUUUUCGCUUUCUUAAAAAGCAAUUAUCUGUUCGUUUUUGUAUUUUGAUUGCGCAUGCAGAACAGCGAAUUGAUCUCUUCGUCUUCCUUCCAGAGUUUGUAUGUAGUCUCAGUUAACAGUUAGUUAGCGACGUGCAGAUCCAGAUGUAGUGAGCCGAGCUGUCGUGGUCGAAGAAGUAGUUCUUCAGGUUCUUGUUUCGUAGAGAUAUGAGGUGGACCCAUCAUGACUCAUGAGUAGUACCUAUUUAUCCUUCACCUUCACUAACCGGCGGUGGCACACAACGACAAGAACGCACUUGUGAUAUAUGGUGUGCCAUUUCGUUUACGUUUAGGUUCUUUAGCCGCGAUGGUCACGCAUUUCCUGAAGUGGGGCCCAUCUCAACGCUCUCAGCAACCAU